CUCUUGUUACGUAAACCAGUGAUAUACAUUCGCAAUCGGCUCUGCAAACUAAAUUCCGCUUUUCAAACUUGUUGCCCGACUUUCUUUACUACACAAACCUAUUGUGCUAUACGUGAUGUCUAUAUCCAUCCCUUGCUCACCACAAGCUGAUUCUGCAGCACAUGCUAUUGAUCCAGCUUUUACAUAUGCCAACACAGACCACACACCUCUGUCAAGCAAAGCAAAACUGCUCGUGUCAAAAACAUCCAGGACGAGAAGACAAUCUGCACCAUCCAAUAAUAUCAAAUCCAGUACGGUUGUAACCACUACCAGUGGUGCAGUAUCAAAAUCAGAACGGCGGCAUAGAUGCUCAAUAUGUGUGUCUAGCUUUCACCGAAGUGAGCAUCUAGCGCGACACCAACUGACUCACACUGGUCGAAAACCUUUUAAUUGCCAGGGAUGCCAUCGAGGGUUUGCUCGUCUUGAUGCUCUGCAACGACAUCAAAAAAUGCAUAAAUCCACUCAAGCAUCCUCAUCUCCCCUUACAGAAUCUGCCGACUCUGCAUUAACUAACAUGACUUCUGGGACUCCGGUGUCCUUGCCACUUUCGCCGGUUUCCAACAGAUCCUCUUCACCGGCCCGUACACUUGGGGAAUUUACAAAUACUAUGCAUUCUGGAAUGUCCCUGCUGACACUGGCUAUUUGUGUCGCUGAUGCAUCCAUAGAUACUGUACAAUCCCACCAAAUGGCUGCACCUACAUAUUCACAUGCAUGUAAUACAUAUCCACCCGACCACUUUCCUGCUUGGUCUGUCUUGUCUAUUUCCAACCUACUAAACUGAUCAAGAGUGCUUUAGAUUGCAUUCCGUAAUCUCUUUUCAUAUCUCCAAUGCAUGAAUAGCUUCACAGCUGGUGGAAAGAGCAUGAGAAUGAAGGGAUAAAAUAAAAAAUUGCCAUCAAUCAUCACU